CUCUCUCUUUCUCUCCUCCCCUUUUCGUUCCUCUCUUUCUACCUUCUUGCACUCUUGCUCAGAAAAAUAAUCCAUGGAGGCUCUCAGACUAGAAGCUCGAGCAUUAGGGUCCCUCUCAGGGGGUUCCACCCCGCUCAAGGCCCUUCUCCCUGGGGCAGACGGCUUCGUCCUUCCCCCUGGAGAUCCAGAGCUGUGCCGGGAGCAUGGAGAGACGUUUACCUUGUUCUGUGUGGAUGACCUGGAGCCAGUGUGCAGUCAGUGUGGACUGACUGAGACCCACGAGGGGCACAGAGUCUAUCCCAUAACGGAGGCUGUACCUGACUGUAAGGGGGAGCUGAACUCUUCACUGGGGAAGCUGCUCGGGAAGAGCAGGAGGUUUGAGAAGGUUACGCGGAUCUUUGAACACGCCUCCCAACACAACCAGAGCCAUGCCCAGCAGACAGAGAGACAGAUAAAGGAGGAGUUUGAGAAGCUGCACCAGUUCCUGAGAGAGGAGGAGGAGGCCAGGCUAGCCAGGCUGAGGGAGGAAGAGGAGGAGAGGAAUAGAGUGAUGAAGGAGAAGAGAGAGAGAGUGGGAAAAGAGAUGAAGCUGCUGGCUAAAACCAUCCGAGAGAUCGAGGAAGAGAUGAAGGAAGACAGGGAUGACAUCGCCUUUCUGCAGAAUUACCAGGAAACAGUAAAGAGGACGUGGCAGAGUCAUGGGGAGCCAGAGGAGGUGUGUGGUCCUCUGAUAGACGUGUCCAAACACCUGACCAACCUCCGUUACUCCGUCUGGAACGACAUGCUGCACAUAACCCCUUACACUCCAGUAACCCUGGACCCGACCACAUCCUGCCCAUCUCUGGUCCUCUCCCCUGGGCUAACCUCUGUCCAGCUGGGAAACGAGAGGAUCCAGAUCCAGCCUGCUAACCCAGAGAGAUUUGACCCGAUCGACUGUGCUCUGGGCUGGGAAGGAUUCAGCUCCGGCACCCACUGCUGGACCGUGGAGGUUGGAGAGAGCAGCAACUGGACAGUUGGUGUGGCCAGCCAAUCGGUGCGUAGGAGGGAGGAGUUUGAGGCGUGCCCGGAGGAGGGGCUAUGGACCCUCAGCCUACGGAAUGGGACGUACCGUGCCAUGACCACACCCUGUACCACCCUCCCUCUGGACUGGUCCCGCCCCUUUCACAGGAUCAAGGUGUUUCUGGACUGGGAGGAGGGUCAGGUGGAAUUCUGGGAUGCGAUGAGGGACAAACUCCUGUUCACCUUCACGCACCGCUUCACAGAGACGCUGUAUCCGUACUUCGAGAGCAGCUGUUCUAAGUGCUGGCUAGUGGUGUUACCCCAGAGAGUGUGUGUGGAGGUAGAGCUAGAUCCUAUCCCUGAGGAUGACGAUGGAGACCAGAUCCCACACGACGGAUCAUCCAAUGAGGGAGAGGAUACCGAGACUAGAUCCACUGACGACAGCAAGCUGACAGAAACCGGAUCCCCUGUCGGAGCCCAGAUCCCAAUGACCGGAUCUCCCAAGAUCUCAACCACUGACCAGAACCAAGAGACAAGAUCCCCUGACAAAACGUCAAACACUGGAUCCGCUCAAAGGAUGGCCUGGAUCCCAAAGACUAAAUCCACCGGUAAGGGAAAGGGAAAGAUCCCACAGACUGGAUCCGCUGUUCAGAAGCAGAUCAAAAACACGAGAUCCAAUGGAAGCUACCACAUCACGAAGGAUAGGCCGCUAAUCCAGGUCAGGAGGAUAGGAUCCACUGAGUGAUCCACUGAGUGAUCCACUGAGAGAUCCACAAGCAACAACACAGAGAUCAAGUUGCCCUGCAGCUCAGCCCAGAUCAUCCAACACAGACUAGAUCCCCCAACCUCCAUUGACUAGAUAUUCUACCUCCACAGACUAGAUCACCUACCUCCAUAGACUAGAUCUCCUACCUCCACAGACUAGAUCUUCUACCUCCACAGACUAGAUUCCCUACCUCCAUAGACUAGAUCCCCUACCUCCAUAGACUAGAUCCCCUACCUCCAUAGACUAGAUCUCUUUCCUCUACAGACUAGAUCCCCUACCUCCACAGACUAGAUCCCCUACCUCCACAGACUAGAUCCCCUACCUCCACAGACUAGAUCCCCUACCUCCAUAGACUAGAUCUCCUACCUCCACAGACUAGAUCCCCUACCUCCACAGACUAGAUUCCCUACCUCCACAGACUAGAUCUCCUACCUCCACAGACUAGAUCUCCUACCUCCAUAGAUUAUAUCGCCUACCUCCACAGACUAGAUCUCAUAGAUGCUGUCAUUGACUAGAUCACCAAACACACUAUAUUUGAGAUCUCUUACAAGCAUUUCUGUGUAAUGUUGUAAUACACAGUGUAUCAUAGUGGAGGUAAUGUUGUAAUACACAGUGUAUCAUAGUGGAGGUAAUGUUGUAAUACACAGUGUAUCAUAGUGGAGGUAAUGUUGUACCACACAGUGUAUUAUAGUGGAGGUAAUGGUGUAAUACACAGUGUAUCAUAGUGGAGGUAAUGUUGUACCACACAGUGUAUCAUAGUGGAGGUAAUGUUGUACCACACAGUGUAUCAUAGUGGAGGUAAUGUUGUAAUACACAGUGUAUCAUAGUGGAGGUAAUGUUGUAAUACACAGUGUAUCAUAGUGGAGGUAAUGCUGUAAUACACAGUGUAUCACAGUGGAGGUAAUGUUGUAAUACACAGUGUAUCAUAGUGGAGGUAAUGGUGUACCACACAGUGUAUUAUAGUGGAGGUAAUGUUGUAUUACACAGUGUAUUAUAGUGGAGGUAAUGUUGUAAUACACAGUGUAUCAUAGUGGAGGUAAUGUUGUAAUACACAGUGUAUCACAGUGGAGGUAAUGUUGUAAUACACAGUGUAUCAUAGUGGAGGUAAUGGUGUAAUACACAGUGUAUCAUAGUGGAGGUAAUGGUGUACCACACAGUGUAUUAUAGUGGAGGUAAUGUUGUAAUACACAGUGUAUCAUAGUGGAGGUAAUGUUGUAAUACACAGUGUAUCAUAGUGGAGGUAAUGUUGUAAUACACAGUGUAUCAUAGUGGAGGUAGUGUUGUAAUACACAGUGUAUUAUAGUGGAGGUAAUGUUGUAAUACACAGUGUAUCAUAGUGGAGGUAAUGUUGUAAUACACAGUGUAUCAUAGUGGAGGUAAUGUUGUACCACACAGUGUAUCAUAGUGGAGGUAAUGUUGUAAUACACAGUGUAUCAUAGUGGAGGUAAUGUUGUAAUACACAGUGUAUCAUAGUGGAGGUAAUGUUGUACCACACAGUGUAUUAUAGUGGAGGUAAUGUUGUAAUACACAGUGUAUCAUAGUGGAGGUAAUGUUGUAAUACACAGUGUAUCAUAGUGGAGGUAAUGAAGCAUCUGUUCUUCCAGUGUAAUGUGUUCUGAAUAAAGAACAAAUAAAGAA